UAUUCACACAAGUCUCUCCAGUCUCGUCUAAUGUCAGCAUACGGCCAAUAGCGCUCGUAGUGACGCUGCAGUAGGUUGGCCCUUCGCUUGCAUUCAUAAACGGAUAUGAUAGCUAAGCGUUGAAUGUACUACUGUAGCGACAUAUACACAGUCAAGUCGGACCAUGGCGGAAGAAGACGACACGAGAAUUCGGAUUUUACAAAGCCUGCGGGGAAAGAUAUGUGAAGGCAAGAACCUGGGUCCCUGUUCAGGGCCCAACCGACAGCGGGACCUCUGCACCUUCUGCACCAUCAGCCUGGACCAGGAGGAGGUGUUCCGGACCAAGGUGUUUGACAAGAGCCUCAGCCCUUUCUACGGCGAGGACUUCUACUUUGAGAUCCCACGACCAUUUCAGUGUUUGUCCUUCUACGUAUUCGCCAAGGGUGUUUUUCAAAGGGACCUGCCUGUCGGGAAAGUGUCCAUCCGGAAGGAGGAACUGUGUAAAUUCAGUGGGAAGGAGCACUGGUUUGGCCUGCAGCCCGUGGACCCUAACUCUGAAGUCCAGGGAAAGGUCCACCUGGAGAUGCGUCUGAAUGAACUGAUCAUAGAGAACGGCUCCAUGUGCCAGCAGCUACUGGUCCGGAUAAUAGAAUGCCAGGGCUUGCCUCUGAUCAGUGGACAGAACUGUGACCCGUAUGCCACUGUCUCGCUCGUUGGGCCUGCCAGGUUUGACCAGAAGAAAACAAAGGUGAAAAAGAAGACCAGUGACCCUCAGUUUGAGGAAACAUUUUACUUUGAGGUCACAAGGCCCAACAGUUACACAAAAAAGUCUCAUUUCCAAGUAGAGGAGGAAGACAUUGAAAAGCUGGAGAUCAAAGUUGACUUGUGGAACAAUGGGAAUUUGGCGCAGGAUGUUUUCCUUGGGGAGACGCGGGUAUCUGUCAAGAUUCUACGAAAUGACCACAUUCACAGGGCCUGGUAUCUCCUCCAGCCCAAAGGGAACGGGAAGUCCAAGACAGAUGACCUGGGCUCUCUGAGGCUCAACGUAACCUACACAGAAGACAAUGUGCUGCCAUCCGCCUGCUACACACCGCUCCGCACGCUGCUGCUCAAGUCCCCAGACAUUAAGCCCAUCUCGGCGUCAGCGGCCCACAUUCUGGGGGACAUCUGCAGGGAGAGGUAUGAGGCGGUGUUGCCUGUGGUCCGCCUGCUACUCCACCACAGCCGCCUGGUGUCCUUCGUCUCCGCCAUCGCUGCCCUGGAGCUGGAGAACACUCAGGAGGCCAACACCAUUUUCCGUGGCAACUCCCUGGCAACGCGCUGCAUCGACGACAUGAUGAAGAUUGUAGGGCGGAGCUACUUGACGGUCACCCUGAAGCCUGUACUGGAUGAGAUUUGUGAAUCAAACAAAACCUGUGAGAUUGACCCGAUCAAACUGAAAGAGGGAGAUAACGUUGAGGUCAACAAGGAGAACCUGCAGGGGUACGUUCAGAAGGUGUUCUCGUCCAUCACCCAAUCCAGCUCCAGCUGUCCCCCGCUCAUGUGUGACGUGUUCCGCUCGCUGCGUCAACUGGCCUCCAAGCGAUUCCCAGAUGAUCCUCAUGUCCAGUAUUCGGCGGUCAGCAGCUUCGUGUUCCUACGCUUCUUUGCCGUCGCCGUUCUCUCGCCACACACCUUCCAGCUCCGCCCACACCAUCCUGACCUAGAGGUCUCCCGAACACUCACUCUAAUCUCCAAGACCAUCCAGACUCUGGGGAGCUGGGGUAGCCUGUCCAAAAACAAACUGUCUAGUUUUAAAGAAUCCUACAUGUACGAUUUCUUCAAAUCAUUCCAAGAAGACAAAUGUAUUGGAAAAGUAAAAAAGUUCCUAGACGAGAUCUCUUCCAACAUCAGUAAGGAGUCCAGCGGGGUGGAGGAUUCUGUGGUUCUCAAAGAGGGGGAGGUACAGAAGCGGGCCCAGGGAAGGAAACGCAUCGGCAAGAACUUUAAGAAGAGGUGGCUUAGAGUGACCAGCAGGGAGCUCUCCUACCACAAGCACAGAGGGAAAGAAGCACUCUGCAUUAUGCCUGUGAAGAAUAUCCAGGCUGUGGAGAAACUGGACGAAAGUGCCUUUAACCGCAAAAAUAUGUUCCAGGUGCUCCACAGUGAGAAGCCGCUGUACGUGCAGGCGGGGAACUGCGUGGAGGCCAGUGAGUGGGUGGAGGUGCUGAGCCAAGUGAGCCGCUGUAACCCGGACCGCCUGGGCACCUUCCACCCCUCGGCCUACUUGGCCGGAGCCUGGCUCUGCUGCAGGAGCCUGAGCGACAGCCAGCCGGGCUGCAAACCCUGCACACCUACCUUGCUGGCUAACCUACAGCUGGAUAUCGACUGUGACCGCGAGACGGAGAGAAUCUUCUCCCUCUUCACCUCCAGCUACUCCAAACUACAGAAGAUGGAAGAUGCGUGUGCCAGCAUCGCUGUGUACCAGGGUCCUCUGAGGGAGCAGGACGACUACUCCCUGUUCACCAUCCAGGACUCCAAGGAGACAUUCCACACAGUGCGGCAGAUCUCACACAUCCUGAAGGAGCUGCAGAGAGAGCACGACACCCGCAGCGGCACCGCGCAGUACGGCAGCCAAGAGAAUCCGAUAGUUGGGAAGACAUCCUAACGAGUCUAGGUGGGUCUGUCUGGCCUGAGACAGUCAUUCCAGAAAAUGGCAGUAUGCCACCUGCCACAGUUCUACACUGGAGCCCCAGAGUGACACAGUCGGGAUUGGCACUGAGAACGAUGCCCGAGGACCAAGAACCCACACCCCCAAGGUCGCGCUCUGCCCCCGCUUCCCCCUCCACCACGUGUGACUGGACGGACGGUCCAAUAGCGAAGUGUCACCUGAACCUGGUCAGAAGCUCUCAUUGGUUCAGAAGAGGAGAACCUUGGUUGAGUUUUAUUCUCUAGCUCUCCCCGUCUGUUUCUAUCCUUCUCUCUUUCUCACACACCACUGUUCUAAUCAGAGGAAUAUGUGCUUGCUCUCGUCUUCUACUUGAUUUGCACAAAGACCAUACAACAUCAUUAGUUGGGGUGUGUUUGUGUGUGUGAAUAGGCUGCUAAAAUACUCCAUUUUAUUCACUCAAAUGUUUUCAAUCUCGAUCGUCAACAAUCAAGAUGAUGCUCUCACAAUCUCUUGGGGCUUCACUGUUUGACGUCCGUUUACGACUAAACAGCAAGCUGACUUUGUUUCUCAUUUUCUAUCAAAGGGUCCACUUAACUGUACUCUCUUCUUCCUCCUCUAUCCACCUCUGUGCUUUGAACAAAUGUAGGUGUUUCAGAUUACAGUUAAGUGGAUGAAACCCAUCUGCCUUAUUUUUCUUAAUGGAUGUAUGUGUAACAAUCUCUCGCAUCCUCGAGUUAGGGACUAAUGCCCAAGCACUUUACAUAUUUGGAAUAUUCCAGAUGGCAUCAUUUUAGAUACGUGGUAUCAUUAUACCCCCCAUAUCGAUCAGUUCAAUGAUCUCGAGUACCUUCUCCUUUCCAUUCCUGUACAAUAACAUUUAUAGCCUGUAGAUUUUAAUAGCUAAUUUUCUUACACCAAAGACGACUAUCGUAAGGUCGACUUGGAAAAAAAGGGUAUAAAUGUAUUUUGAAUAGACUUUUUUUAAAUGGAGAGAAAUACAGUAUAUAUUUCGUUCAUGUGCAUUUUGGUAACUGCAUUGUUCCUCUUUUUAACGAUUUAGACGAUUUGAUUGAGUAACUUUCUAAUGUUCUCUGGAAAUGCAGAGGGACUGUGGUCGGUAGUCUAGAAAUGUCUGUCAACCAUGUAGUGAUGUCACUGCAAAUCAAUCACAACAAGCUAGACAAUCCCCCUUCACUUGCCAAUCUAGCCCCUUAGAUCCUCAUCACUGGCCCACAUUAACUGGUAGUCAAAUGUGAUUGGAUAGAUCUACAAUCAGGCAAACACACAUAUAUUAGUUAGACCCCAUUCAUUGUUUUGUGUGUUUUAGACUGAGGACAAUUGCUGUGUUCAUAGCCAAGUGGGAAGGUGGUAAUUGCCCGUUUUGAAGUCGUAAAUACCGGUUGGAUGCAUUCACGUGCUUUGAACUAGUUGAGAAACGCUGAUUGGCUAAUGUGCAACAAGUUGCGUCAACCUUAAAAUAAAAGUACAGCUGUCAUGCUUGUAAACAAAUGAUAGUGUUCAAAAAAACAUAUAAAUUGAUUUAUUUUUAUAAAUAAUGUUUUAUUACAUUUAACUGCCAAAAACGCAGUUAAGGUAAUUUCCUUAGUAGGUGACAGAGGUCAGCAUGUGGGAGAAGUCUGAGCUCAGGGAUGAUAGAUGAGCUUCCCAAUAGUAUACUGAACAAAAACAUAAACGCAACACUUUCAAAGAUUCUACUGAGUUACAGUUCAUAUGAGGAAAUCAGUCAAUUUAAAUAAAUUCAUUAGGCCCUAAUCUAUGGAUUUCACAUGACUAGGAAUACAGAUAUGCAUCUGUUGGUCACAGAUACCUUUUUAAAAAAAAGAGUUGUGUGUUGAUUAGAACCAAUCAGUGUCUGGUGUGACCAACAUUUGCCUUGUGCAUCUCCUUUGCAUAGUUGUUCAGGCUGUUGAUUGUAGCCUGUGGAACCAUAACCCCACUGCCACCAUGUGUCACACGUUGACAUCAGUAAACCGCUCACUCACACAAUGCCA